GUGCACUAUAGUCGCUGUGGUACUACCAUGUGAGUUCACUAGUGUUCAGUGGUGUAGUGUUAGCGGCUAUUUGGCAGCGUGAUGUGUUCGCGGCGCGUGAAAUAGAUCGCGCGAGAUCGCGCGCGUAGUAUGUGUGAUUGUGCAAAUUGUUAAUAGCCAAAAGGGCGUACGAGUGUUAGUGUGUGUUUGUGCGUGUACCACAGAUGUAUGUGCUAGUGUUGACCUGGAAUUAAUUAACGGAUGCCGCAGUCACGGCGAUUACUACAGUCGCGAGUACAGCUAAGUCAACAAAGUUGCAUCGAUUCGUGUUCAUCUGUUUUCACCAGAAUUGAUACGGAAUCAAGUUUUAAAUUGCUGCCAGAGUGUUGACGGAGCUACAGCUAUAAGCAAUCAGCCGUCAACACGAACAGAUUCGAGUGAUGCUUUGUCGUGAGUUGAUUGCGGAACUCAUCUCGUCAAAAGGAUUCCACAGUGUAAAGUGUAGGGCAGUGUAAUUAAGCAUUACUCCGUGAAGUGCUCUAUUCCAUGCUCCUUGCAUCGUUCUCUACCCCGAGUGCCGAGGAUCAAACGAACUUGGGUAAAAGGAAAGGAAACGUCAACAUCCAGCAUCCUCGCAAGCUGCAGCUCCUGAGAAGUGCACCACAACCACGGACACAAUCCAUCAGACAUCCACAAAGGAAGAGAGCUGCAACCAGCACCACCAGACUGUCUCUUAAUGAUGAUCGAAGCGACGCACUCAAUCAACCGUCACCAGCGGGCUGCAUUCAAUCAGCGCGACUAACCGCAUCGCUUUAACGACGUCCACUUCCCAAGCCACCAGACACCAGGACACCAGGGCAGGAGAAUCGAAACCGAUUUGCACAGAACGGUUCGCAUGGCGUAAACAUAACGCAACGCGUGACAGUUUUAGUGCGUUGUCCGGCUCCAAAACUCGACUCCCAAGAAAAGGGACCCUCGACGCGAACUCGAACUCAAACUCGAACCAGGCGCUUUUACAAUCGUUACCAUGCCCGUCACUGCUGGUCACGAAACAAUCGUUAAAACAAUGCAGGGUGAGAGGAUGGUGCAGAACCACCACCACCACCAGCACCGUACCGUACGGUGACCGUGAACGUCUUCAGCGGUCCUUUCAGCCCUACGGCUACGGCUACGGGUACGACAACCGUGGCGACCUUUGGCGGCCAUUGCUGAAUGCGGUGCAAAACCUUACCUUCGCAACGUAAAGUGUAGGCUGGAGGAACUUCAGGCCAUCAGGAGACGGCGAAGGUCCCAGAGACAUUGGCCACAAAUCAUUGCGCUACGCAAAGGCGAACGGUCAGCCCCCGGUGGGACGUGAACGUGGUCGCCACAUUGUGCGUGGGUAAAAGUGUAAAUAUAUAUAUAAAACAAGAAGCAGGAAGAAAGGAAGAAAAGAAAGAAACAUUCCCGGUGCUCCAAUAUACUCCCUAGGCAUUCUCAGGGAGGCGUUCUUCCUCGGCCCUCGGUUGUGGUUCCAAACACGAUAGAAUAUUUAUGAUACCAUCGCGAACUCGUUAGAACUCGUUUGUGAGCCCGAAAACCAAAUCGAUUAUACUACGGGGUUUGUGUACAUUACAUGCCGUGCCAUAAAUAACCGAUAACCAACCAACCGACCGACCGACCGCGACCGGACGCGUCUUCGCGAAUUCAAGUUCUGGGGAUAAGACGCCGUGUCGUGUCGAUCUAUUACUUUGUCGCAUCGCGCUUGACCCUCACUUGAAUGUCCUCACCGAUGGGACACUUUCAUGGACCGGACGACGCAUCCGAGAUCGAACCGUUCGAUCCCGAAUCGCUGCUUAGUGAGGGCCACACGACGACGGGAACCACGUCCAGGAUGUUGCGGCGUAAGGGCCAAGGACCGAGUCCCAUCAUCGUCAGUGGGUCCGAUGCAGGGACGAGCAAUGGUCAGAAUGGAUCCCGCGCCAAACGCAAAAGCUUACCCACCAGUGGCCACCACAGUAAUAGCAGCAGCAGCAGUAGCAGUAGCAGUCGAAGCAGUAAAACACCAAAGCCGAAAACACGGGAUUCCGAUUGCUGCAGCAUUAACUUCAUCAAGUAUGCGCUUCACACACUCAACGCCCUCUUUGUCAUAUCGGGCCUGGUGAUAGUCGGUGUAACCCUGUGGACGGUAUUCUGCAAACACCAGUACAUCUCGCUGCUAUCGACCACCAACUAUGCCAUCGGUACGUACGCCCUGCUGGCCGCCGGCGUGUUGGCGAUCGUCGGCGGCAUUCUUGGCUGUUGUGGUGUGCUGCAUGAACAGCGUGCCAUUCUACUGCUGUACACGUUCAUCCUGCUGUUUGUGUUUCUGCUCGAGGCCAUCGUCGGCGGAUUAGCUUAUCUGUACGAGACACAAAUCGAAACCGAGCUGCAGCACAGCCUCAACACUACCUUCAUGGAGCAUUACGGUGUAAGCGAACGUCAGACGCAAGCCAUAGACAGCAUGCAGCAAAAGUUCUCCUGCUGCGGUGCGGUUCGGUUCGAGGAUUGGCGGCACAGCGUUUGGCUUCGGUCGAGGCGAAAGGAUCUGAUAAGGCCAACCGAGGGUCGCCUGGUGCCCGACUCCUGCUGCAUAACGGUGACACCCAAGUGUGGCGUGCGCGAUGGUCCCAGCAAUAUUCACUACACGGGUUGUAUCUACGAGAUGACGGAUGACCUGAAGUACCACCUCAUACUGCUCGGUGCCAUCGGGCUAGGGCUUAGCGCUAUCGAGGUGUUUGGCAUGAUACUAUCCUGCUGCCUCUACGUGAAGCUGAAGAAUGUGCUCGACUGACAAAAGCCAGCGGAUCCAAUAGUCGAGCUAAUGGAUCCGCUGCCGGACAACAUCAGCCUUAUCUACGGUUAUGACGAUCACCGUAUAUAGAAGGUUCGACCGGGGGGGUCCCGAAAAUCAACGAUGGUGGUUGUAAAUAUGUAUAGAUCGCUAGGUUUUAUGUUCGACAACACUCGAUGUGGAUUGUUUUCCUGGAAAACAUUCAUGAACCAUUCACUGAUUUAUUGAAGAAAAAAAGCAACACCGAUUACACAGAGAUAAGAACAGUCAAAUCUUGUAAAUCGACGUUUGCCAAAAAUGGAGCACGACGAAGUGUUAAAAUUUUAAAUAAAAACUUUAUGAAAACCUUA